AUGGCCACCAGAUGGCGUUCGUCCUUGCUCCGGCCGCUCGCAGGUCCUGUGCUCUUCCAGUCCUUUGUUUGUUGCUGCUUUUGGCUUUGGCGAGCUGGCAACAUCUUUUCCAGAACACAGCGAUUCGCCUCCCUCCGGAAGCUUCGUGACCAGAGGUCGGCAGUGCUGGACUUGCUCAAAGAGAAGGACGUCUCCUCCUCAGAGCUGCGUUGGGCCCUGGACGAUGUGUGUGGCGAGCUGGGCGAGGACUUGGUGCCGGUGGUCCGGGGCCUUGUUGCCAAGAAGCUGUGGGAAUGGGCCUUGGACCUCCUCUGGGAGGAGAUGAGUUCUCCACGCCCUUCUCCGGCAAAUCAGGUGGAUUCGAAUCCAGGAAUGCCCGUUGGGGUGAUCUCGGCUUUGAUGCAGGGCUGCCAAAGAGCAGGCGCCUGGGAGACAUGUGUGGCCUUACUCCACACAGCCCAGCAGCAAAGAUUACCAUACAAUUUGGUGUCCUUCAACGUGACCAUCGAUGCCUGUCAAAAAGGCGGCGCGCCUUGGCCGGUGGCACUGGAGUUGCUCAAAUCGAUCGAGAACUCCGACGUCGAAGCCAAUGAAGUCACUUGGAGCUCUGCUAUUGCAGCCUGUGGCAAGGCAGCUGAGUGGCAAAGAUCUUUGUUUUUGCUCCACGACGCUCGGAGCGCGGCCGGCUCCUUGCGGGGCGCUCGAGGUGCGGAUUCGGUGCGCUGGCAGCUGGUCUCCUUUGGCGCAGCGCUGGCCGCAUGUGCCGAGGGCAAAGCCUGGCGAGAAGCACUUGGUCUCUUCGAGUAUAUGCAUGAGUUUGGACCGAAGCCCAAUGUGAUUUGUGCCAAUUCCCUGCUGAAUGCCUUUGCGAGAAGCCUUCACUGGGAGAAAGCGAUGGCACAGCUAGUGGCGCUGCAAGAGAGAGGACCUGCGCCCAGUGUCAUCAGCUUCAAUACGGUCAUGAGCGCUUGCCGGUCUUCUUGGCAGCGCACUUGGAGUGUCUUGCAGCUCAUGCAGGACUGCUCGCUGGCCAAUGACAGCUCCUUCAGCACCUUUAUCGCAUCUUUGCCAGCAGAGCAAUGGAGACUUGCUCUUGCAGUCCUUCAAGCGCGACCGCCUGGGCGCUCACUGCCUGGCAGCUCGGCGCACGCGACCUUACUGGGACUGAUGGCUGAUGCCUUCGCAUGGCAAGAAGCUUUGCUGGUCUUUGGAGGAUUGGAGAUGCCAACCAGCGCUUGCUUCAACUCGACGAUGACGGCCUGUCACAGGUCUUUCCACUGGCAAGCGGCCCUGCGCAUCUUUGACCAAAUGAAGGUUGCCCAGCGCGACGCCAGCAGCUAUGCCAAUGCCUGCAGAGCCUUCGCGGAGGCCGCGCUGUGGCAGCGACAGUUAGAGCUCCUGUCGAGCGUCUAUCGGUCCAGUGCGCAUCUCUCGGUCCAGCUCUUUGAUGCCUGCCUCAUGGGUGCUGCGAAGACCGAACAUUGGCAGGUGGCAGUGGACAUCUUUGCCUCGAUGGAGGCAGCAGGGGUCCAGCCCGAUGAUCUCAUUCGUUCGCAGCUGAUGCGUGUCUUGGGCCCUCAUCAGACGGUGCUGGAGAAAGCGGACUGGGAACGCUUUCUGGCACGCUUUCCGCUGGGCACGCGCGAAGCGAACGUGGAGCUCUUGAGACAGGAAGAGACCGAGAAUCGGCCACAGGGAGAAGCAGGUCCGCGCUUGCCGCCGCCGCAGCUGGAGGAGACCUGGUGGCUGAUUCGAGUUGAUCUGGGUCGCACUUUGGGAAGCUUUAUGCCUUUGCGUUGGGCCACAGACGGUAGCCGCUUGCUGCUGCCCAUGAUCGUGCGCUUUCAGCGAGGUGGCACCUUACAAGUCCAUCGUGCAGGCGAUUUCCUGGGAGAGUGGGACUCCCCGCCCUCGAGUGCUAUGGGGCCCAUGUUUUGGGACACGUCCGAGGAGGGCAUGAAACCUGAAGUCACUUCUGGCAGCUGGGAGAUGCUGGACGCGGAAGGAGGACGGCAGGUCCAGUUUAACGUCCGCACCACGGGUUUUAAGCGUGGCUCCAUUUGGCUUCCGCCCAGAAAGCUCUUCUUCAGAGGGAAGGUCUACGGCGAGAUCCUCUCGGGGGGCAAGAAUGCCACUGUGAGCAUCCGUGAGAACCUGCUACUCUAUGGUGCUGGGGUUGCAAUUCUGCUCGCGUUUAUUUGGGGCCCCGUCUCCUUGGUGGCCCUGGUUUUCUUUGCUCUUCGGGAUGUCUCCAUCUCCGUGGGCACCUGGACCUGCGAACGUUUGACCGGUGAUCCGGAGACCGAGCCCCUGCCGCCAGUGACGCUGAAAGGGGAUGAACCCCAAAAAUGGAUUUGA